CACACGCUGCAAAUGGCGUACUGGAUCCGUCUAAACAUGCAGCGACUGCCUCCUGAACCAAGUAAACAACAAAACCUCCAUUGCACGCCUUCGCAGGUCGCCAAACCCGCGCAUUCCCGACCCGCUCUACCUCGCUAUCGGAUAUCUUCGACGCGAUUCAGUCCUUAAUUGCUUGUGUCCGUACGCGGUGUCGCAUUACUCUCUCCUUGUCUAGAACCUCCCAAAGCAACGAAAAUGGCGCCCGCGCCUCGAGCGUCGCUGGCGCCUCGGCGCACCACGCAAGCCGAACAUAUCUAUGAACUGGGCGUGGUUGGGCGGUACAAAAACUGGUGUAACUGUUCCCGACUCGGGUGUUCGCGACGAACAUGGCAUGGAGCCGCUCGAGAACCUGUUCUCGUCGCCGGGUAAAUCAGACCAGAGCGAGGAACGAGACGACGCGCCUUCAGAGGAGGAUGACGGGAACGGAGAAGCCCCCAUGGACAUCACUACCACAUCGGGAUUUGGUCCGGCCGCGCUACUCAACGGCCAUGGGAAUAGGCUGCCCAUGCCGUUACCGCGCGUUCGGUCGCCAGUCAAGACGCUGCUCAAGUCCCCGGCCCAACGAAACCGGCUCCUUGCGCGCAACUCGUCAUCGCCCGCGCGCGGCGCACUCGUCCGAGACGGUGCCGAGAAGUCCAGCAGCCAGCCAGUACACGACCAAGCCGCAUCAAAACGCCGUCUCGACUUUAGGAGCGUUGAGACGGGCGGUCCGCACUCGUUGUCGCAACCGACCCGGGGGCUCGCGACUAGCCACCGCUUGCAGCCUCUUCAGCAAGAGAGUGAUGAAGGCAGCGAACAGGGAGCAGAGUACGACGAGGUCAAUGACUUUGUUGAAGAGUCCAUGGCUAUGUUAAACGGCGGCGACGAGGACGGCGACCCUCAAGCAGCGGCCAAGGAAGACGAGGAAGCCGAAGAAGAGAUCUCAAUGGUUGACGAAGGCGAUCCGGAUCCUCCUGCCCUGAAAGCCCGUGGCCGGCCGCCAAAGCAAAGCGAAAUUUCAGCUAAGCCAGCAAAACCACCCCAGAAGCCUGCCAGGCAGGUCGUGGAAGAGGAGGGUUCUGAAGAUGCGCAGUCUUCGGCAGACGAGGAAGAGGAGAUACCGGCUACCGCACAACACAAGCCAGGACCCAACGGUCGCGGUCGGCCUCCUAAAGCGGGCAAGGGCCCAGCCGCAGAACAACCUCAAGCUCGCGGAUCUAAGAAGCGACGCUCGCUAGGCGAGGAAGAAAGUGCUGCCGCCAGGGAACCUUCCCCUGAGCCCCAACCCAAGCGGCAGCGCACCGAACCAACCGCCGCCAGAAGCAAGAAACCAACCACCGACAAGCCACCAGAACCGGCCCCAAAAAAGGCCGCGGCACCCGCCCCGUCAGCAAAACCAAAAGGCCCUGGGCGCAAGCGCAAGUCCUCCACGGACGCAGACGCAGUCGUUGCCGCUGCGCGCCGCCCACCACUCCCCAAAUCGCGCGGCCUCCUCAUCAACCGGCGCGAGGCACCAGGGGACUCUUCCUCGUCCAUGUUCCGCACGCGGUCCGGGCGCACCUCGUUCAAGCCCCUCGCCUACUGGCGCAACGAGCGCGUCGACUACGAAAAGGACGAGGCCGAGGACGUGGUCGACUCGAGCCGCGCGCGGAACCGCUCCCGGUUCGUCCUGCCCAGCAUCAAGGAGGUUGUCCGGGUUGACGAGCCCGAGGUUGAGGUCCGGUCUAGAAAACCAUCCUCACGCAGCAAGGGUGGGAAGGGGAAAGGCAAGGGUAAACGGCGCCGGGGGAGUUAUGGGUAUGAUGAUGAGGAUGAUGAUGAUGAUGAACCAGCAGAUCUGUGGGAACUCGACCCGGGCACCGUCACAGGCGAGGUGGUGGUCUGGCAGCCCGAGUACGAGUUCCGCCCCCCCGCGCCCAACGACCUGGUCAGCGUCAUGGACAAGCAGCUGGCCAUCAGCGGGCGGGCCAUCAAGACGACCGAGGUGGUGGGCGGCGAGUUCCGGUACGCAAAAGUCUUUAGCGAAGGGUUCAUCGGCGCCGGGGUGGUUGACCUCCCGCCCGGGGCGAUCAAGCGGUUGAAAAACUCGCGGAAGGUGUUUAUGAUCUUUUUUGUCCAUGUUGGACGGGUGCUGGUUACGGUGCAGGAGACCAGUUUUCGGAUUGGGAAGGGGGGGAUAUUUAUCGUGCCGAGAUACAACGAGUACACAAUCGAGAAUGACUACGACCAUCCGGCCCGGAUCUUCUUCUCCCAAGGCCAGGAAACUGUAGCGCAGCCCCCGCCAGAAGAAGAGGGCGAGCAUGCUGGAGACGAGGAGGUGGAGGUGAGCCAAGCGGAGGAAGAAGGCAGCGAAGAGGGGGAUUGAGCCCUAUUGUACAGCUAGCUGCAGGCUCCCGAGUCCCGCCGGCCUGGGUGGUGUACUAAUGAUUCGGAAUAAUCGAGGACAAAAGGAUGGGCGGAGCGAUUGUAUUGCACAAACCUCGGGUUCUGGUGUCGCCGGACAGAACGCUCAUGAGCAUGUUUUUCUGAGAGAUGUUAUACCACCAAGUUUCACGUUCACCCCUGGGAGGCAUCAUGGAUUGUGUG